AAGUCGGACAAAAUUCUAACGAGCAUGCAUUGUAUCCAAGUCCAGCAAGAGCACGUCGGCGCUACGCACUGCUGCAGCUCACCUUCGCUCAUGCGCCAGAUACCAUCUGCCCCCAUGGUGCUUUUAUUCUGAAGGACACUUUUAUUCCGAAGGAUUCUGACCAUAAGAGUUGGAAGUACAUAGGUUGUUAGCCAAGCAGACCAGUUGUUGGACAGUGACUGAGUCACCCUAAUCAAGGAAAUGUCCCAGGUCCCUAGUCGUGAUGCAGCAUUCAUGGAUGUCAUCAACAAAAACAUGCGUGUCCCAGAACACCUGAGUGUUGGCCCAAGGCAGCAGCAGUUUGUGGAGGAAGUAGGUGAGGCCAUGAGGUGGCCCGAGGAGCACUCACCUGCUUGCACUAUGCAGGUCCCCGACAGGCUGACAUACACUGAAGCCCCUGAUAUGAGCCCCAGACCUCUGUUCAGCCCGUCCAGACCGAUAAUCUGCAGCCCUCUGGGUCUAGAACCAUGCUGGGAGAGUCCAUCUGGAGAGGUCUUCUUAAGAGAAACAUUGCAGAGUCCCAUACGGAGAUCUUACAGUGACCAAAGCUUUGGCAGGACGCCGCCUAGCACACCAACCCAGCUGAAACAGGCUCUGGCAGUGCCCAGACAUCCAUCAAGCUCUCGAGGUUCAGGUCGCCAUGUCCGCCAGAGCUGUACUGCUCCUCUUUCCACCCAGACCACCGACCCCCAGACCAAGCCUUUCCCUGCCACCCCCCUGGGCUGCCAGUCUCCACACUCCAUGCUGCAGGCAGCCAGGCGGCUGGGCCUGCAGACUUCACAGCACCUCCUGCAGAUGGUCAGCCAGAAAUACAGGUUUAACAACCAAGAGAAGCCUCCACCAGUGAGAGUCAUGCCUGAGGUCCCUGCUUCAGCACGUGUGGAUCAAAUUGAGAAAAGUACAAUGGAGAACUGGAGCCUAGAAGAGGAGGGAGGAGCUGCAGUUGAGUUCAUCAUCCUCAGGAGACAGGUGAUGAAGAUGAGUCGCCGGCUGGCAGUACUUGAGACACACAAUGCUGAACGGAGGAAUACAGAAGUCAUACAGUUCUCCUUGCUCUUCUCCGCCUGCCUUCUAAAUGCCUGGCUGUGGAUCCGCAGAUAACACACACACACUGACACACUGAUGAGCUAAAACAUUAUGACUGCCCCUGUGUAAUAUACUGUUUGUCCUUUGCGUGCUGCCAAAUAGUUCCUAUCUAGGCCUACAUUGCUUCAGCUUUACCACCACUUGGCAGAUCAGAUCAUAAUCUGUUUUUUCUUCAGCCUUCCUACAAGCCCUGUGUACUGUGUAU